GAAAUCUCCCGGGGGCGGGGUUAGGAGCUUGUCAAUCAGAGAGAUAACCCCGCCCCCUCGACGCCGCCGCUGCUGUAACCAUAGCAACCGUGUUGUUGACGGAAACCCGGGUCACGCUAGCGAUUUUUUGUUGUCUAGGAUUUAAACUCACGUUUAAGAGUAGAUAUGAGUGCAAAGAAACCCAAAGGCAGUGCGGGCAAAGGGAAAAAGAAAGCUGUAAAGAAGAAAACUGACCCAUCAUCAGACAAAAGGAAAGACAGCGCUGCACCUGAUACAGAGCCAGAACACCCUGACUUCAUCUUCCCUUUGGUCCUAACCUCGGCCACGCAGGAGCUGUUCAGCUGCCGAGGCGACGAGGACAUGACACGUGAGAACCCCUACAAGCUGCUGAGGAAAGAGGACAUCAUCCAGGACAUGAGAAACCGAGCGGCCGUGUCUGACUUCAGCCCCAUCAAACAGACCGUUCUGGAUUAUCCAGAAGACGAGAUGCUGCUGGUGUUUGAUCGAGACUUCACCUAUGGCCAGCGUUUCUACCUGGUGCUCACAGUGGAGGCUAAACAGAACCUGCUGAUGCCCCCAGCAGUGACAGAGAAAGAGGAGGAUGAAAGUGAAGAGGAGGGGCAGAAGACUCCUGAACCCCGGGGCUGGGUUUCACUGGGCAGCGAGAGAGAGAUCGAGGAAGAGUCAGUUACAGACACCAGAGACAGAAUUCAGUAUAAGGUAUCGAGGCUGAGGCGGAUGUUUGGGGCUCCGCUGCACUUUUCUGACCUCAACGCCAUGGAGACGUACACCGAAUGUGCUUCAUACCAGGACAAGAGCUUCAGCAUCAGGAAACUGGAGCAGACCUGUGGGGUUCAAGCUGUGAAUAACACCAACGAUUCGUCAUCUCAGACCACAUGGAAACACCCAAAGAACAUGUGGACCCAGUGUGAACCUCAAGAACUUGACAAGGAGGAGAAGGAGAACAUCCUGCAGUCGGAGAACCUGAAGAACUUCCUCAGCUCCAACACUGCUAUGUUUGAAGUGGCCAUGCAGCAGAACAUUAUUAUGGAUGUGUUUGUGGACGCAGUGUGUGAUCUGGGAGACGGCGAUGUGUAUGAAGGAAAAGCUGACACACAGCUGAAGGUGUACCAGACUUUCACUGAGCUGCGUUACAGCAUGGACAAAGUCAUCAGCUACAUCAACUGGCAUCCUACUAUCAGUGGUGUCAUAGCAGUGUCAAUAACAGAGCAGCUCUCGUUUGAGGAGAGGAUAAACAGCUCCACUAAACUACUGCUGAAUCCAGCACUAAUCGUCUUCUGGAGCUUCUCUGACCCCAUAAACCCUCAGUUGCUGUUGGAAUGUCCAGACGACGUGCUGAGCUUCCACUUCUGUCCCUCAGACACCAAUAUUAUUGUUGGAGGCUGUAUGAAUGGCCAGGUUGUGCUGUGGGAUAUCUCAGGCCAUGGGGACAGACUGCAAGGAAGCCGAAUUGGAGUCCGAACAAAAAUGGCCAACACAAUGCAGUAUUUUAAGGAGAAGCAGCACGGUGACACUCCUGUAGUCCGUUACUGUGUGGUGUCUGGAGUUGAGAGUGGACACAGAGGCCCAGUCACAGACGUACAGUGGCUCCCAGACAGUUUUGAGGUCUCAAGACUGGGGAUCCCAGUGGAAAAUAAGAACCAGUUAUCAGUCCAGAUUGUUUCCUGUUCUCCUGACGGUUGUGUGAUGUUCUGGGACCUACGUGCUCCUCGUGUAGCAGCUCCUUCUCUGACCGAGCACAAAGCAGAAGAGAAACCUCCAGAGAACACAUAUGAAGUUCCCAACACUUUUGAACACCUCAACCUCAACUGGAAACCUCUGUUUAGAGUUACUCUGCCUAAAAUGGACCCUGCUGGUGAAUACAGUCCUCUGAAGUUCAGUCUGAGAGACAGUGUGUGUUACACUCCUGCAGAGGACAGGUUGGAGGUUCCACCAUUCUCUUCUCUCCACAUGCCCUCUUCCAAACACAUGCAUCACCUGGAUGACAUCAGCACCAAAUUCUAUGUCGGCACAGAGGAUGGAGAGCUGGUGUACACUGACUGGAAACUUGAGAAGGACAAUGAGUCAGGACGACUCUCCAGUCCGAAGCCCACUCAUGUCUCUCAUGCACAUGACAGUCUGGUGAACACGGUUCUCCGUUCUCCGUUCUUUAAGGACAUUCUUCUGACUGUUGGAGGUUGGACCUUCUCUAUCUGGAGAGAGGGAGUCGUGAACGGUCCUAUCCUCCACUCACCCUGUUCCUGGAAUAAGUGCACAUCUGGGUUCUGGUCCCUGACCCGACCUGCUGUGUUCUUCAUCGGGAAGGAGAACGGCACCCUGGAGGUGUGGAACCUGCUGGAAAAAACCCACGAGCCUGUACUGAACCAGAACAUCAGCACAGCUGCGAUCUCCUGCAUCAAACCCUGGAUCGUCUCCUUCAAGCAGCACUUCUUGGCCGUGUCUGAUCACAUGGGCACGCUGCACGUCCUGGAGAUCCCGUGGAUGCUCCGAAACCCGGCUCUUAAUGAGGAGCAUAGCAUGAGCAGCUAUCUGGAGAGGGAGGUGGAGCGUCUGAGCUACAUUGAGAAGAGGCUGGAGGUGCACGAGAGUGAGAGAAGACCGACAGAGGGAGAGGAGAAGAGCAGGAUGAGAAAUGUUUCUGAAGAUGUUCUGAUGGAGGAUCAUGAAAUGGAGGAGCUGCAGAAGGAAGUGCACAAAGACUAUGAGGAAUAUUUCACCCUGGAGAAACUUCUGAUAAAGAACUUGGGCCUUGUGAAAGAAACCCAGGACACAGAUAACGACUGACACACACACACACACACACACACACACACACACACACACACAC